CUAUUUUUAACUACAGCUAUACAACACAACGACAGAAAGAAAAUGAAGAGAAAUUUGUGGCUGAUUGCUUUGUUUUUGGCUCUCUCAUUGGUGAUUUCAUCUUAUGCAGCUUCAACUUGGCCAUACCAAAACCGUAAACUUUUGAUAAUAGAAUCACGGCCAAGUAAGUCGAGACCCGCGCCCCAGUGUUGUUAGUAAGGCGAGGUUACGGAGAAAGAGCACCUGCCAUUUAUGAGUCAUGGUGGUUAGAUGGACCCAUUUUAUAAUUAUUUUAUUUUUUAGUAACGAAAAGAAAAAUCAGGGAAUCAAAGAAAAUACGUAUUUAAUAGGUUCUCUCAUAAAUUAGCUACAAAAAAUAGUUCUGAAGUUGUAGAAUUUUACGUUGUACUGAAAAUAAAAGCCCAUCAUAAUAUUGUUUCCGACAUUGAAGUAAUUUCCGACGGUAACCCCGUUUUACUACUUGACAAAGGAGAAAACCAUAACUCUUUUUGAUUAGAAUGAAA